GAUUUUAAUAACAUACAAAAAUGAAAUUUAUUUUUUUAAUUUCAUUAAUAUUAAUUUAUAUUUCUCCAGAAGUUUUAACCGAAAAACAAUGCUGGAAACCAGCUUCAAAAUUAGUGCUAGUGACUGGGAUGUUCAGACAUGGUGAAAGAACACCAGAUCCGGAACAAAUGCAAGAAUUUCCAAAAUAUGAAUACAUAAAUGAUACUUUUAGUCCUUAUGGAAGAGGACAACUUACUACUCUAGGAAAAAGCACAAUGUACAAUUUGGGAGAAAAAUUAAGAAAAAGAUAUGCCAAAAAAUUGUAUAAACGAUCCUGGUUAUACAGAGAUGACAUCCAAAUGGAAUCGACGAAAUAUAAAAGAUCUUUGAUAAGUGCACAAAUUGUUCUUCGAGGAUUGUUGGGAUAUGAUAAGAGAGAUGUUCUCAGAAGACGAUGGGCUACUUAUAAAUAUCUUAAUAGAACUCUGAAUGCAGAAAAAGAAUUUUUCUUGAAGUUUUAUUACAAAAAAGAGAUAUGUCCAGCAUAUUUAUUACAAAUUAAGAACUAUUUCGGAAAUGGACAAAAUCUGGACAAAGUAAGUGCUUGCAUGAAUCCUAUGCAACAAAUGGCUCAACAUUUAAGAGUAGAAAAACCAGAUCCUUUAAAAGUUUGGUACAUGAGCGAAUUGUAUAAAGCACAGAUAUGA